AUGCUGAUACAUAUCAGAAGCCUCCUCCCUCGAAAGAUCUCAUCUUUAACUCGUCAUGCCUCUCACACCUACUUCUCCGUAUCUGCCCAACCCUCUCACCUCCCCCCUGACGAGGAGGCACGUGACGUGGCAUCAUUACUAAAAACCCCAAAUUGGGAAAAAAACAACACUCUCAAAUCCCUAACCUCCCACAUGAACCCACACAUCGCUUCACAAGUAAUCUCCCUUCACAGCAACGAACCCCACACGUGCCUCCGUUUCUUCACUUAUGUCUCCAAACACUCCUCCUACUGUUUCUCCCCACCUCAAAAACUCCACCUCCUGAAACUAAUCGUCUCUUCCGGUCUAUACCAAAUCGCGCAUAGUGUCACCCUCUCCUUGAUCAGAGAGUUUAAUAGGAGCGGGAAAGUGAUGUUAAUACUAAUGUCUUGUUUUAACGAGAUGAGAGAUGAGACUGGGUUCAGAUUGAACUACCCUUGUUACAGCUCGCUUUUAAUGUCUUUAGCUAAGCUUGAUUUAGGGGUUUUAACUUACUUAACUUACAGAAGAAUGGAAGCUGAUGGGUUUGUUGCUGGGGAGAUUGAUUACAGAACAAUUGUUAACGCUCUGUGUAAGAAUGGCUUCACAGAAGCUGCUGAGAUGUUUAUGUGUAAGAUUGUUAAAAUUGGGUUUGUUUUGGAUUCUCAUAUAUGUACUUCUUUGGUUCUUGGGUUUUGCCGUGGGUUGAGAAUUGGAGAGGCUUUUAGAGUGUUUGAUGUUAUGUCUAGAGAGGAAGGUUCUGCACCAAACUCUGUUACUUACUCUGUUUUGAUUCAUGGGUUGUGUGAGGUAGGGAGGAUUGAUGAAGCUUUUGGGUUUAAAGAUCAGAUGAGUGAGAAAGGUUGUGAGCCGAGUACACGUACUUAUACUGUGCUUAUUAAGGCCUUGUGUGAUAAGGGUUUGGUUGAGAAAGGUUUUGGAUUGUUUGAUGAGAUGAGGGCUAAAGGGUGUAAGGGGAAUGUACACACGUAUACGGUUUUGAUUAAUGGGUUGUGUAGAGAUGGGAAGGUUGAUGAGGCUAAUGGGAUUUAUCGGAAGAUGGUUGGGGAUGGGGUUUAUCCUAGUGUGGUGACUUAUAAUGCGUUGAUUAAUGGUUAUUGUAAAGAGGGGAGGAUUGUUCAGGGUUUUGAGAUUCUUGCUGUGAUGGAGAAGAGGGGUUGUGGAGCUAAUGUGAGAACUUUUAACGAGCUUAUGGGAGGGUUGUGUAGAGUUGGGAAACCGUUCAAGGCUGUGCAUUUGUUGAAGAGGAUGAUUGAUAAUGGUUUGUCACCUGAUGUUGUGAGCUACAAUGUUUUGAUCGAUGGGUUUUGUAGAGAAGGGUUUAUGAAUGUGGCUUACAAGCUCCUUGGUUCAAUGAGUUCUUUUGACAUUGAGCCUGAUUGUGUCACAUUCACGGCUAUAAUUGAUGCUUUAUGCAAACAAGGGAAGGCUGAUGUAGCGAGUGCGUUCUUGGUUUUGAUGGUGAGAAAAGGAAUAAACCUUGAUGAAGUUACAUGUACAGCUCUUAUUGAUGGGUUCUGUAAACUCGGCAAAACUAAGGAUGCAUUGUUUAUCUUGGAGACAUUGGGGAAGAUGAGACUGUUGACAACUCCUCACUCACUGAAUGUGCUUCUCGAUGUGCUAAGUAAAGGCUGUAAUGUCAAAGAGGAAUUAGCGAUGCUUGGGAAAAUUAAUAAGCUUGGUUUAGUUCCUUCUGUUGUGACGUACACAACAUUGGUUGACGGGUUGAUUCGUUCAGGUGAUGUUAGCGGUUCCUUGAGGAUGCUAGAAGCGAUGAAGUCAAGUGGUUGUUUGCCGAAUGUUUAUCCGUACACAAUCAUCAUCAAUGGUCUUUGUCAAUUUGGUAGACUCGAAGAGGCAGAGAAGCUUCUUGCUACAAUGCAAGAUUCAGGAGUUUCACCGAAUCAUGUUACUUAUACUGUUAUGGUGAAAGGAUAUGUCAAUAAUGGAAAACUAGACCGCGCUCUCGAAACCGUAAGUGUUAUGGUUGAAAGAGGGUGUGAACUAAACGAGCGUGUCUACUCUUCUUUGCUACAAGGACUUGUUGCUUUACAAGGAAGCGAUGAUGCGUGUCUCAACAAGCUAAUAUCUAUGGUUGAACAGCUAAGUGGGUCAACACGUGGAUUAUAUGACUUCGUGGUCACACGUCUAUGCAAAGAAGGAAGAAUAGAUGAGUCAAAUAAACUUAUCCAAUCUAUGCUUAAAAGAGGUGUUUAUAUUGAGAAGGCAAUAGACACCAUCAUAGAAUCUUACUGUGGACGGAAGGAACACAACAAGUGUCUGGAGCUGAUCACACUAGUUCUUGAAACCGGGUUCGUCCCGAGUUUCAAAUCCUUCUGUUUAGUGAUUCAAGGUUUGAAGAAGGAAGGAGAGACUGAGCAGGCACGUGAGCUCGUGAUGGAGCUUCUGAGCUCAAAUAAUGUUUUAGAAAAAGCUAAAAUGUUGGAUUAUGUGAAGUGUCUGAUGGAAGGAGAUGAAACUGGUGAUUGCAGUGAAGUCAUAGAUUUAGUUGAUCAAUUGCACUGCAAAGAAAGACCUAUGUUCUAAGUUACACUUUUAGAAUUUUUGUAUAGCCAUUUUUGGAAAUUCUAUUGAAAUUUUGAUUCCCAC